AUGCUGUCUCCACUACAUGCGCGCUGCCUUCGUUUUCCCCAGCCUCUCUUUCUACUUUAUUGUGCAUUAUAGCAAUUUCCUCUGCAGCAGCAGCAGCAGCAGCAGACUACUGUGCAAAAGAAGCUCGGUGCAACAAGUUUUGCAGGAGCCGUCGGCACAGGUUGGGCUCGCUUUGGCUGGAGCGCCACUCAUCUAUCUGUCGCUGUCACCACCAAAGUCACUGUACGUGAACGCCGCGUCGCAGGCGCACUCUCUCCAGACACUCUCACACACACACACACACACACACGCAGAACAGUGUGCCAUAUAUUCGUGACUCCGCGCCAGAUGCAGUUUGCUCCCAACAAGCGCGCGUACUUGUAGUUAAAUGGAGAUCGCGGAGGCAAGAGGAGCAUCUAAGUGCGUGGAAAAAAUGGAGAAAGAAGUGGCGCCUCAGAAGCGACAGUAUUGCCGCACGACAGUGCUGAACAUUAUCUCGUCUUUAUGCUCAGUGGCGUCCAUCGCCUUUUGCAUUCUUCUGAGCAUUAACACAGCUGAUAUCAAGAGCCGGGUUGUGGAUUUGGAGAGUGGGAAUGACGAGCACCCCUUUAUCCAUGCCCCUGGCUACUCCAUGGAUGAUUUUAAUUCAUUGAUUGAGCAAAGAGUGGAUGAGCUGCUCUCUCAGCGCUCCUAUGAAAAUUUUGUCAAGAUUCGGACUGCCAGACAAACAUCACCUGAAUGCAGCUGCCCUCCAGGACCUCCGGGAAAGCGCGGAAGAAGAGGCCGCAAUGGAGAACCUGGACCUCCUGGCCCCCCAGGUCCCAAGGGUGAAAAGGGGGAUCAAGGCGACCAGGGACCACGGAUGGUCUUCCCUAAGAUCAAUCAUGGCUUUCUUUCCGCUGACCAGCAGCUCAUAAAGCGGCGGCUCAUUAAGGGAGAUCAAGGGCAAGCUGGACCACCUGGGCCUCCAGGGCCACCGGGUCCUCCAGGGCCAAGGGGGCCUCCAGGGGACACCGGGAAAGACGGGCCCAGAGGUGUACCAGGUCUACCAGGUGAUCCAGGGCAGCCUGGAGAGAUGGGAGUCAUGGGACCUGAGGGGCCACAAGGGCAGAAGGGUUCAAUCGGGCCUCCUGGCAUCCCAGGUGUUGAUGGACUGAAGGGGGAUGUUGGCAUCCCAGGAUUUGACGGUGUCCCCGGAAUCAAGGGUGAAAUGGGAGAGCGAGGUGAAAAGGGCGAUAUGGGUGAAGACGGACCGAAAGGUGAUACAGGAGAGAAGGGAGAUGCUGGCUCUUCAGCAGCAGGCAUCAAGGGUGAACCUGGAGAGCCUGGACGAAGUGGACUAAAGGGAGAGCCAGGACUUCCAGGGCUGCCUGGACUCCCAGGGAUAAAGGGUGAGCCUGGAUUCCUCGGUCCCCAGGGAGAGCCAGGGCUUCCAGGACUCCCAGGAACUAAGGGUGAGAGAGGCGACCACGGGCCACCAGGAAAGGGUGAAAGAGGAGACCUUGGACCUAUUGGACCAAAGGGUUCACAAGGAGAGGCUGGUAUACCCGGUGCCAAAGGGUCAAAGGGGGAGACUGGAGAUAAAGGAGACUUGGGGUCUAUUGGACCGAAGGGGCCCCCUGGGCAGAAAGGAGACCAAGGAGCCACUGAAAUCAUCGACUACAAUGGAAACAUUCAGGAGGCUUUACAGAAGAUUACCACUAUUACAGUGACGGGUCCUCCUGGACCUCCUGGGCCGAUGGGGCCUGACGGGAAGAAGGGCGAUCGCGGUAUGCCUGGUCUCCCUGGACUCGACGGUGAAAGAGGCUACAAAGGUUCCAAAGGAGACAUGGGGAUGCCUGGAGCUUCAGGGGAUAAAGGAACAACUGGUUUACCUGGCCUACCUGGUGUCAAUGGAGUAAAAGGAGAUAAGGGUGAUUCAGGUCUACCUGGGCCUCAGGGUUCUUCAAUCACCGGACCUCCAGGGCCACCAGGGCCCCACGGACCCCCAGGGCCCAUGGGCCCCCAUGGUUUCCCUGGACCAAAGGGGGAACCUGGUUUGCACGGUAUGAAGGGUAUCCGGGGGGAACCAGGACACAAAGGGGAUCGUGGUCCACUGGGUCUCCCCGGAGCCUCCGGCUUGGACGGCAAGCCCGGAAUUAGGGGCAUGGAUGGGCCUGUGGGUCCAGCUGGUCCAGCUGGGCCAAAGGGUGACAUAGGUGAGAAAGGAGCAACAGGCGAGCCAGGACCAAGGGGACCGUAUGGACUACCUGGAGCUGCUGGAACACCAGGCUUGGAUGGGUUGCCAGGCUUAAGGGGAGAGAAAGGCGACGUUGGGGAAAGAGGAGAAAAGGGGGAGAAGGGAAAGAAGGGCAAAAAAGGGCCUAAGGGCGAGAAAGGAGAACAGGGUGCCCCUGGAUUAGAUGCACCCUGCCCAUUGGGCCCAGAUGGAUUACCAAUGCCUGGAUGCUGGCAGAAGGGAGUCACGCCAUGGCUGGUAGCCUGAAAAUCCCCUGAAAGCUAAGUUGUUGGUUAUUGUUGCUUUAUUGUGGUGAUGCCUGCAGAGGGUAUGACAUCAGCAGGUUUUCACUGACGUUUCACUCACGUGGCUCAGCAUCGUCGUCAUCACCAUCAUCCGUGUGGUGGCUCCCACACCCACACGUCUCCGGACAAGAGGGGAGAACUUAGCAGGCUCACUGCACAGUUGGGAAAACAAAUCACGUGGAUUUGAGAUUGGACAGGCCUGCUCGGGAUGCCCGCCCCCCUCUCUGAGCACGGGAAUGGAUCCCUGCAGGAGAGUCGCUGAGAGUCUCAUCGAUCUCCACGGAGAUCAGCUGGAGCAUGCGCCUCUCCUCACAGGCAACGCUGCGAGAUCUACUGAGAGCGUUAACAGAAUGCAAUCAUGUUUUCUUCUUUUGACUUUUUGUUUUUUGCUCUCAUUCUUUAACAUUGUAUUUUGUGUAUAAUAGCCUUCGGUGCCUCAAGCUUUUAUUCAUUCCUUUAUCAGAAAUGUACAACUUUAUAUCAUAUUUUGGAUUAUUGGAAUGGUGUUUAUUUCAGGAGGGUAAGCUUUGUUUGGAGUAUUGGAAAGACACACAUUGCGCACUGUUUUUCAUAUUAACUUUACAAGAUGUUGAAAUAGCAUGUAGGUUACAGCUUCACCUGAGCUCACGGUAAGAUUGCAUCCAUCUCGACUGCCUCUGAUCUUACCCGUGGUUUUGAAGAAGCUCAUUGUUUGUGCAAAAAAACACACACCCAGCAGUGUAACAAAUCUGCUACUUGUUCAUUCUGGACUUGUUGUAUGGGAUGUUGGUUGUACAGUGUUGUCAGUUCACUGCAUGUACACAGUUUAUUACUUAUGAAUUUCUUAAAUGUUGACGAUAAGCAUUGAAUUGAGGGCGUGUAUCGGAAGUGUAAGCUUUGUUUCAGGGGUUGGGGUUCGUAAUUGGUUUUACCUGAACACACAGCAGCUGGUAUUUCAGAUGUGUCCGAUUCAGGGCAGAUUAUGUUUCGCAUUACACCUCAUGUGUUGUCUUAAACAUAUAAAAAUGUAUAUUACAGUGCAAGAAAAGCUAAAUUUGACAGACACAGCUAAUUGGUUGACGUCCAAUGAUUCACCACAGUCUAACUGGUGGCCAGUUAUGUCACAUUCCAUAUCAGAUGGAGCAAUAGGUUUAUUUUUCACCAGUCAUCCUUUCAUAUUUCUUAUAUUCAAAUUGCCUUCUGACAUAGUGGGUGCUAUGCAAGGUGAUGCUCUGUACUUGUUUUCCUCAGCGUUAGAAAUAUGCAUGAAUGAUUUACUGUAAGGGCAGAUGUGAAACACCAACAUUUUGUUGUGACGUAGCAGCAACCACAGGUGGAUUUGAGGAGAUUUAUUUCCAUAUGGUUUGAUUGUACAGUUCAUCUCAUGGUUAUUAAGAAUGGGUGCACAUCUGUAUAGAUUAUAAUGGUGCUAUCUGAUAGCAGGUCAACAGCAGCUCCGUUGAUGCGCUCUACCAGUGGCAAGAACUACACAACAGGUUUCUUUAUUGUCGUUGGGGUUUUAUGUAUGAAACAAGUUUUUCUGUGCAUAUAUUUGUGUAUUUGUCUCAGUAUUUUAAGUGGUACAUUAUUUAUUUUUCUAUAAUUUCUUAAAUGAAGGCAUUUUUGGUUUUAAACAGCAUUCCUUUCAGUCGGCUUUUGAUGUCAGUUUCCGCUCUUUCUUGGUAUCAUGAGGAAUUUUCGGGGCAUCACAUAACAGUUAUGCAAAUGGAACAGUGUGAAGGAAGGCGGUCAUUUACGAAAAACCAGACCAGUGUGUAUUCACUGUGCAUUUAUUUUAGAUCAUAGGCCUUACAAUGGUUCGUCUGCUUUUAUUUAAUUUUGUGUGUCGAAAAGCUAACUAUGACAACAGAGUACUGAUGGCCUGAGUGUCGACAGGCCCGGCCAAUGCAGCGGCGUAAAGUUAAACAUCACAGCUUUUUCUCACGCUUCCUCUUUUCUCUCUCUCUCUCUCUUUCUCUCUCUCUUUGCAUUGAAUGUAGUUUGAUAUAUGUAUAGUGGAUUAUUAAUGUACUGUUAAAAUGUGUGCUCAUUUGACAAGAAGUGCAAUUUAUACUUUGGUUAAUGUGUGUAGCAUCAAAUGCAGCUGAAAUGUCACAUCGUUGUGAUAUCUGUAGCUCCAUUUGCUCAGUCAUGCUACCCUGUGUACCACUACCUGGAAAGAAAAUGUUUAUUUACCCGAAGACAAAGAAACAAAUGUCAACAUCAGUUUUGGAACACAUUUCCUCAAAUACUGUCCCUUCACUCAUGUUUCAAAAUGUUAUUUCCAUUAUGUAAUAUUUACUAAAUUUUUGCAAUCUGUUUUUUUUUUUUUUUAAAUUUUGUGAUUUGAUUUCCAGCCUUUGUUACAGUAUUUGUUCUCACAAGUUGCUGUAUCUUUAGCAUGUGCAGCUAAUUUUUUUAAUUGAUUUUUGUUUUUUAUUUGAUUGAUUGUUUUUGUUUGAUUGUUGUGUUUCCUUGUUACAUAUUCAAUUUUAGUUUAUUCUGCUAUCAGCAGAAGUGCCAAAAUAUGACAUUUAUUUCCAUAUCAGUAUUAGCUGAGCUGGUGAGAGGCUCCAAAAUGACUCAGUGAUAGGCCACAUCUGUGUAUUUGUCAUAGUUGCAGAAAUAUUCUGAGUCAGGUCUUCCUCUGAAGACACAGUCAGCCUAACACACACCCACUUACUCAUCGAGACCUCCCAGAUUAAAAGUGGUGGUGUGGGAUAAUUGACAAAGUAACAUCCAUCUGCAUAAUGCUAAAAGACACUGGUCUCUUAUCAGAAACUCUUACAGAUCUAAACCAAUACACUGCAGCCUUACUGAAACAAGUGUAUUGCCACAUACUCUCCAAAAUAAAACGCAGUCUUGGUGCAGAAGCAAACUCCACAUUGUGGCAUUGAGUUAAAACUGCAUUUUUUUGGGGUUGUGGUAUAUGUUCAGUUUCUGUUCUGUGUUUGUAUUACUCUUUUUUUUUUUACCCACUUGAUUGACAUUUCUUUGAAGACCCUUGUGUUCACACACGACUAUAUUUCAAGAUGACAUUUCAUAUGACUGUACUGUUGGAGCCAA